GUGCAAUGGACGCGUUUCCGAUCACGAGCGAAGAUCCGGAUGUGCGCCAACAGUUUGCGGAAAACAUCUUCCAAAUAUUGCGCCCACUGUCGGCGCUGGAGAUGCCGCGUGGCAACCGGCCGACCGAUGGCGAUUCGUCCGAGUGCAGUGCCCUGUCCGAUCCGUUCUCCGAUCUGGAUGAAUCGUACAUACUGUUGGAUCAGCGCAAGAAGAAACCCGGCGUGGAUGAGACGGAUGAGCUGCUGUUAAUGAAUCAAUUUACACCCGAGUUCCGGUGCGCUUACGAUGAGCUGAUGGUGACGGGCGAGAACCGGCACCGGAAGCAGGCGAAGGAAACGGCACCCGAACCGGCGGGCGCGUCGAGCGGUUCCGGCUGUGCCGCCUGUCCGGUGGAUCUGCAAGUGGCCACCGAUUUCAGCCCCAAGUUCCGGUCGUUUAUCGACGAGAUGCUGCGCAAGUGUGACCUGCAGCACCAUCAGGAGGAGAAGAAACGGCGCGAACAGCAGCAGGCGCUGCAGCAGCGUAAGAAGGGGCGCGUGCGGGCGAUCGUGUCGGAGGAAUCGUUCUGCGGGCUGGAGACGGACUCGAUGUCGGGGAUGUGGCGUAUGCUGGACGCAAUGUCCGAGAACGAGCGCGAGCUCUUCCCGACGUCCGGCCCCCACUACGAUCUGUACUACGAUCGGCGGUUCGAUUGGAUGACGCGGGACGAGAUACCGUGGGAGCAGAUAGAAACGUCCAAGAAGAAGUGCGAACAGUGGCUAAAGAUACCGGGCCAGAUGGAGCAGACCGAUGGUGCGAAAGCGAAACAGAACCAAUAGCAAGGGAAGUGUAGCGGAGGUUUUCGAAGCGUUUUGUACUUUUGCAGUGUGUUUUUAAAAAUAAAU